AUGGCUAAGCUGAGCCUUGAGCCCACCCCUCAGAGACAUUGUCAGCGGCCGCCCUCAUCUUUCGGUUUCUGUUCUCUCCGGGAGGGCAGAGAUGAGGCCGGCGGUUGCGCUGGGGGGGUGGGGCUCCUCUUGUUUGUGUCCCUGCUGGCACACAUCUGCUGUGAGGACGUGUUUGGCAUCUUGGGAGAAAAAUUUACUUUUCCAGUAAAAAUCCACCAAACAAUAGUGGAAAUUCUUUGGACGAAAAACAAGGAUAAAGUGGCUGAAUGGGAAAGGCAAGCCGGAACGACAUAUUUUGCUUCUUUCAAGAACAGAAGCCUGCUUAACAAGGAGAAUGGGUGCUUGACUAUAUUUAGCUUGGAAAGCAAUGAUGCGUUAGACUACAUGGAUUCUGUGAAAAAAAAUUAGGUCUUAACCUUCAUACUUGCUGUGUUAGCUCCUCCUUCAGAACCUGAAAUAAGUUGCGACAUCAGUGGUGAUGACCUUGUGUUAAAAUGUUCAUCAGAUUUCCAGAAGCCUCUGAAUUAUACUUGGAAGUUUGGUAGCAUACCAUACGCUCAUCAGACCCAGGAAGUUUUCAUCCAUAAGGAGAAUGUUGGUGCUUCUGAGAAAGCUGCAUGUUUCAUUAAGUUCUCUCAAGUGGAAAAGAGCACUGAAAUCUCUUUGACUCAAUGCUUUCCAGAUAAAAGAGGUAGAACUAAACUUGUAGCAGGAAGAGCUGCUCAGAAGACCAGUGCAGUGAAUGGCUCAGGAGAAGAUCAGCUACUUUUCUCUGUGGACAGCCAAGAACAGCCUAACUCAGACAGAGCUACACCUUCACAAACUGUUGAUUAUGGGAAUGAAAAGCCUGAAACAGAACCUUCUGCCAUGCAGAACAGCACCCUGACAUCCAAGUGUGCAGCUGACCAUGGUGUAACUGAGGGAGACACCUUGAAGAAGGAGAGCAGCAGCUUGCUGGUCAAGCAUGCAGAUGACCAUGGUUUAAAUGAAGGAGAAGUCACCCAGGAUGCAGAAGGUGGAAAUGGGGAGUGCCUGAGCAACUCUCGCAGCUGCAGUCAAGAAGACCUUAAAUCAUAAGCAAAUAAUUGCUUUGUGGACUGAACAACAAUGGCAGAGAAGCAGUAGAAAUCAAUGGUGAAGGAGGUGCUAUCUUUACUCUUCGAGGUUAUCCAUGAGCACUGAAGUCGACCAUAAACAAGAACUUCGAAGGACAGUUGAGCUGUUUCCAGCGCCUGUUUUUAUUUUCUCAGAAGGGACAGUCAACACUUCGUGUCAUUGCAUUAAGAUAAAUCAUGGACAAUAUCUUUGGUAUUAUUUUGUAUCCAGUUUUAACAAUGUUCUACUAACAGAAAAUGUAAGACCUAAGGCCUUUUUUAUAAUUGAUAUUUAGAGAUUAACAAAGUCAUAUCCAUUUGCAUGAAUGUGGAUAAGUUGAAAACUAAUCAGCUUUCCGUGCAGUUUUGGAUCAGUACCUUUUUACAGUCAGAAGAGAGUUCAUCCUUUAGCAGUUCCAGAUGGAUGGAAGUUUGCGUUUGCUAGUCUCAGUGCUCCAGAGAAAUAUUCUCCAAGAUAGCUAUCUCCCAGAGUUGACAGAAGACUGGCAAACCGAUCAUCUCCUCAUGGUGGUGGACUUUGUGAUAAAGCUACAGUUCAGUUUGUUGUUGCAUUGUAACAAAGCUGUUUCAAUUAGCAGUAGUUUGGGUUUUUUUCCUAGAACUGUUGAUAUUUUUUUCACUUUUAGGGUUUUUUUUUUUAUGUCAUAGCUUCUGCUUCACAUUAUUCUAAGAAAAUGUCAACCUACCUAUUUCUAAAGAAUAAUAAUGUGUUUUUAGGUUGAUUGUGAUGGGAAAGAAAAUUUGAAAACUGAGGUCAUACAUAUACUGAAGCUCAAAAAGAAUCAUAGAGAAAAUAAUACCACGUAUUAAUGUUUUCAGAA